GGAAAUCUCCAUAUUUGCCAUUUUAAUUACUGUUUCCAUCUACAUACCUGCAGAAAACGCUGAAUUUCCAGCCUCAUUUAUUGUCUCUUUCCAAGAUAUUGAAAUAUCAUCCCUUCACAUUUCACAAUCCAAGUUCUUCACAGUAAGGCAACAGUUCCUGUAUAUCAAUAGAAAGUAUUUAGAGCUGUAAAUCGAAACCUCUAUUAGCCAUGAAAAUACUGACCUCAGUCUCUCUCAUCUUCUCCUGUCUGCCAACUCAAUUCCCUUUUUCAUAUUUCUUCCGUUUCAUCUUUCCUGUUUUCAUCCACUCAUAUUCUCACUAGACAGCCAAUCUCGUUCCUCCUUCAAAGCCCUUGUCGCUUUUCCUUCUUUGAGAUUUCCUUUAUUCAUCAAACCCCACUCCCUCUCUCUCUCUCUCUCAAGUCUCAAUCUUCAUAGAAAGCCUUCAGAAAGUUGAAAAUUAAAAAAUCCAUCUUUCCAGACCCCAAAAUUGAUCAAUUUUUCUCUUUAAAUCUUUGACAUCUUCACCCAUUCUCCCCAAACUCCCCGACCCUUUUUUAGUUCCUCUGCAACAAAUCCAUCGGAGAAAAAAUUAGAGAGAGAGAAAUGAAGGAGUUUUGGACAUCUCUGGCUUCUUUGAUGGGUCUAUUGGCCUUCUCCCAAGGAAUCCUACAUUCCUUGUUCCCGCCAGAGCUGCGAUUUACCCUCCUGAAGCUCUUGAAUCGUACCUUCCAAUGGUUCUCCUCUUACUGCUACUUUGACAUCACAGAGAUCGAUGGUGUCAACACAAACGAGUUGUACAAUGCAGUUCAACUCUACCUCAGCAGCUCUGCUUCAAUCACAGGCAACAGAUUGAGCCUCACUCGAGCCAGAAAUUCAAGUGCUUUCACAUUUGGGCUAUCAAACAACGAUUGCUUGGUUGACACAUUCAAUGGCGUCACAGCAACGUGGGAGCAUGUGGUCACACAAAGACAAUCUCAGACCUACGUUUGGAGACCUAUCCCUGAUGAGAAGAGAGGCUUCACUCUUCGAAUCAAUAAGAAAGAUAAGGCCUUGAUCCUUGAUUCUUAUCUUGAUUAUAUCAUGGAGAAGGCCAAUGAGAUCAGAAGAAAAAAUCAAGAUCGACUUCUGUAUACAAAUUCUCGAGGUGGAGCUCUUGAUUCGAGGGGUCAUCCAUGGGAAGCUGUGCCAUUCAAGCAUCCAAGUACUUUUGAUACAUUGGCCAUGGACCCUGCAAAAAAAGCUGAAAUAAUGGCGGAUCUUCGAGAUUUUGCUGAUGGGCAAUCGUUUUAUCAGAACACAGGGAGAGCGUGGAAGAGAGGGUACCUUCUAUAUGGCCCUCCUGGUACAGGGAAAUCAAGUAUGAUUGCAGCCAUGGCUAAUUACUUGGGUUAUGAUAUCUAUGAUCUUGAACUCACCGAAGUCCAUAACAAUUCAGAGCUUCGGAAGCUACUAAUGAAGACGACAUCGAAAUCGAUUAUCGUGAUCGAAGACAUUGAUUGCUCCAUCAAUUUCACGAAUCGGACUAAACCUGCAUCUGGAAAGAGAGCUGCCUACCAAGAUCCUCUGGCACCCGAUCCGCGUGGUGGGUCUGGUGAAGAUGGGGGAAAUUCGAUUACGCUUUCUGGUUUACUUAAUUUCACAGAUGGGUUGUGGUCGUGUUGUGGUAGUGAAAGGAUUUUCGUGUUCACGACGAAUCACAUCGAGAAGCUUGACCCUGCAUUGCUGCGAAGUGGGCGUAUGGAUAUGCAUAUCUAUAUGAGUUUCUGCUCUUUCCCUGCACUGAAGAUUCUUCUGAAAAAUUACUUGGGAAUGGGUUCUGGAGAUUUGGAAGAUGGGAUUUUGAUGAAAUUAGAGGAGGUAAUUGAUGAAGCCCAGAUGACUCCAGCUGACAUAAGUGAGGUCUUGAUCAAGAACAGACGUGAUAAUGGGAAAGCUCUGUUUGAAUUGUUGGAGGAAUUGAAGAACAGGGCAGAAAGGAAUCAUGCUGAAGGAGCGGCAAGGGAGAAGAAUUCGAUGGAAAUGGAAGUGGAGGAGCAGGAAAAGAGGGCCUUGGAAUCUCCAAAGGAGGGUUGUGAGAUGCCAGAGAAGUGCAGAAAGGAAGAAGAUGAGGAUCAGAAGGAAAAGCUUAACUGACAAAAGAAGGAUUUUGAGUUUUUUUUUCUGUGCAGAGAGAUAGGAUCAUAGGGUAGAGGGGGCUAAGGGGCUGUUUGGGAUUUCAAAUUUCAACUUUCAAAUUUUGGUGGGGGUGGUGGUAUUUUUAACCGUGUGGGGGAAUAGAGAAAAAGAACUGAGCUGUUAGGGAGAAAGGGAGAAAGGGAGAAAGGCAGAAAGUAGGUUAGUAGAGUAGAAACCGUCCCUUCUUUUUUCUGUUUUCUUAGUUUAUAUGUUCUCUCUUUUGUUUGAUUCAAUAAUGCUAUAGAAAGUAAUGUUAUAUGAUAA